AUGUCUGCAGAAAAAGGCCAAGAAGGAGACCUCCAAGCUGUCAGUGUCACCAUUGCCAGUGACUGGAGGAGGAGGAGAAGAAGAUGGCUUAUGGCAAUAGGGGCCGUCCUCUUCCUCCUCCUCCUGCUCUCCCUAUUCUUCCUCGUGCUCGUGCUGACCGUAUUCAAGCCCAAGACCCCGAGGAUCGACGUCCUCUCGUCAUCCCUCGAUGGGGUGUCCCCCCGGCUCACAUUUCCAGUCAUAAGGAUUGAGCUCAACGUCUCCCUCAACCUCCGCAUCCUUAUCUCAAACCAGAACCAUGCCUCAUUUAGGCAUGGGACUGGAGAGACAGAGCUGUCUUACCGGGGAAUGAGGGUCGGGGAGGCCGAGCUCUCCCCUGGGGAGAUCCCGGCGAUGGGGUCAUCGGUGCAACAGGGCAGGUUGACCCUCCAGAUGGACAGGAUGGCGUCGGACAUGGGGGCCCUCGCGAGGGACGUGGUGGCAGGGGAGAUGGCGAUGGAGAGCCGGGCGGAGGUUCCGGGCAGGGUCACUUUCCUCGGGGUGUUCAAGAAGCAUAUAGUGGCUGUUUCGGUGUGUAAGUUUACAGUCGGGGUUUUCGACAUGAAGAUUCGAAGCCAAGCUUGCAAGCAGAAGGCAAAGUUGUGA